CUGCUUCUCUUUGCUUCUCCACCGUCCGGCGUCCACCCAUAUAAGUCUUCUCAGUCGCCGUUACCUGCUCUCUCUUUUCUUUAUAUUUUUCUUUUAUUUGUUCUUUUGGGAUAAUGGGCUUCUUUUCUACCACUAUAUUCUUAUGGAUUAAAUCUGUAUUUAUUUUCCUAGCGUUAAUCCAAUUUACAGUAGCUUCAUCUUGCACUCUCUUCCGCAAGCGAAGCUACCAUAUAACUUGUGGCAUCGAUUGCGGCGAAGCAAGGAGUCCCAGGGAAGAAAAGGUUGAUGGAAAGGCUGAGGGUGUGGUCUCUUCCGCGCUAUAAUCCCUACAACAUAAAUAGUAUUUCCUUAAAAUAAAUUCGCGCUCCAAGAAUUUCCAGUUCGCGAAUUUUCCGCGACUCGUCGAAAAAUCGCGGUUUCACGCUUCAAAGCGGGAACGUCAUAUGAACGAAUUAGGUGACCUAAUUAUGGAUUAUGGUAUGAACGAAUUGAUAAUGGAGUAUUAAUUAUACUACAUGUUUUGAUUAAAUUGCAGACAUGGGUAAAUUCAAGAAGUUCCAGCUUCUUAUCGGUGGAAUGGUUGUGUGACAAACUCUGAUAUUGGGAUUGAUUAUGAAGAUGGUGAAUCCAGUAUGUUGAAAAUUGAGUCCAGAUUCAUGUGGUAAGAACUCCGUGACAUUUGUGCAGACAAGAUUUGUAUGGACGGACAAAUGAGAGUUGAUAAAAUUACUUACCAGUAUCCAUACAUGAUUGCUGGCGGGGUUAUUUAUGAAGAAGUUGUCAUAAAUGAUGCUGAAGUGGUGUCCAUGAUGUUACAGUUCCUAGCUCACAACAUGAUGCAAUUUGCAGAGGUGUAUGUUGAGAACGAGGAGGUCGGUGAAACUCAUUCUCACCAAUAUUCCAUGGAGCUCCCUGAAGCCUUGGGGUGGAGAUGCUGGAAUUGGUUGCUCCAAUUUAUAUUGCCUCAGGACUCAAUCCGGCAGGUGCCACUCCAACAUGUCCCAACAAAUCAGGGGCACCUUACACAACCAUGUCUUGCGAUCCUCAGGGUGUCUAAGACGAUGCAGCUCUAGUACUUUUUGAGGAUAUGGGUCCCAUAUCACCUAUAAUCAUGUGCAAUGAAACGUCCGAAUACUUUUAACCAAACCGAAAUAACCAUGGUUCCGGAGCUGAUUUAAAAGAACCUAAAAAUUAAAAUACAACUUAAUCAUUUCCAAGAAAAACAUCAAAUGCAUUGCCCUAAACACAUGGGCAACAUCGAGUCACAGUCAGUAAAACUCAACCUUUGAACCUCCAGUUAUACUCGUAAUCAUAAACAUAAAUAAAUAAACAAACUCUAACUCUAACUCCUUGUUGAGCUCCCUGAGAUCUUGUCCGCUCUGGUGCGGCUUCUCGCCUCGCAUUGUGAUAACGAUGUAAUUGCACAUGUUUGAGCCCCUAGUUCUUAUCCGUUUGAGGGGUAUAGUCGUGUGUUUUGGCCUAUUUUACGCCGGGUUGUGCUAUUUUGUCAUAUUUCAGGUCCCAGGAGUCAAAGGGAAGGCUAACCACGAGUUUCGGGGCAUUCGGAGGUCAUUUCGUCAAGCUGGGGCCAAAACACGGGCACACCUAAGGCAUUACACGGCCGUGUUCCUGUGGCCGUGCUUUUUAUGCCGAGAGCAAAUUCGAUUUGGCAAAUUCAGCUGCAAACACGGGCACCAUAGCACGGCCGUGUUCCACCAAAGCACGGCCGUGUCCACCGCGAAGCACGGCCGUGUUUCCCCCCAACUGCUGGCCGUGUAAUUAACCUUAGCCGAGACACGGGCGGACUCAGGCAAAGCACGGCCGUGUCCUCGACCGUGCUUUGGCCACUGAUGCUUUUAAGCAGAUUUUCAGCCACAAGUCAAGGGGAUUCGAGUUUUAGAGAGAGAGAUCAGUUCCUAGAGAGAGAAAGAGACGAACAAGAGUCUCCAAGUGCCCUAGAUUGAUCUUCAACACCAUUGGAGGCCAGCUUGAGCUUGGAGAAGUGCCGAUCAACAUCCAGAAGCAGGAAUCCAUCCUUCACAGUAUGAAUUCCGCGUCUGAUUCUGCUUUUGCUUUCUUCUCCAUGGAGUAGUUCUCCCAUUCAUCUGGGUAUGGAGAACCCUAGAUUUGUAUGUUAGGUUUGAUUGUAUGAACCCAAGUACUGAUUCUAUGAUUGAUUAUAUUCGAUUGAGGUUUUAAUGAUUGAAUGAGUUGAAUCCUGAUCAAAUUCCUGUUGUUUCUGCUUUAACCUAGAAUGAGAAUAUCUGCCUAGGUUGAUAGAGUAUCCUUGAUUGAAGGUAGGGAGUUGGUGACUUUAGUCGAGGAACCAGCUCACUAUUUUGUACCGGAUUUACUCCGGUAGUGGAGGUUUUGUUCUUAGGGCCUCAAUAUGUUUACUCCGGUGGAGGUUAGUCGCCCGCUAGAGAUUCAGAUUGAGAGGGUCUGAAGACCUUUAGUCGAGACUUCAGGAUGUUUAAGAACCUUCCGCAGUAUAACUAUCAUAGAAACUGAACUUGGUAAUUACAAUCUGGCUUAACUGCAGUCUAGGGGGAACCAUAUCCGGGUGACCUCUUUAACCUGAAUACAACUGUUUACUUGCU